UAAUAAUGAAUUCAGUUGAAACUCGUCUGACUUCCUCCCCUCAGAAUCUCUACAUGGAGGAGGACUUCUUUGAUCAGGUCCAACGAUGUGCAGAAGAAAACCAAAGAAAGCUGAAACAAGCUAAAAAUUUAGAAGAUUUAUAAUUAAAAUAAAACUCUCCACGACCACCUCUCAAAACUCCAAACCUCCACACAGACCCAGCCAACUCACGAACAAAUCACCUACCACAGCCACCAUAAAAGGCGCUCAAAAGAGCACAGACCGCCAAGCGCAGACUUCCACAGAGAAACCUACAAAUAAUUUAGGCGACAAGAAGAGGAAAAUCAGCGAUCGAGAGAUGCUUUUAGACAUGAUGAAUAGGAAUGAGAACCAACUUGUCCUGUCCGACUCUGAAGAGGAAAAUCAUAUCUUUGGGAAAGGUAUCGCUGAUAGGAUAGCCAGACUUCCAGGGGUUAGUUAUGAUGAUGAGAAAUUACUUGGGGGAAAGCCGAAUAGUAGAUAUAAGCAUUCUUAUUUGAGCUCAAUACAGUCUAUAAGAGGGAUUGAAAAAGAGAAGCUGAAUGAAGCCUUACAGAAGCAGGUUAAUAAACUCACUAUCAUUAAUGAAAAGUUUAAACAAAUUAUUGCUCCAAGUGCAAAAAAUGUAAGGAAUUUUGAAAAGUACCUGUCAGCAGAUAGGAAGUCUCUGUACCACAAACCUUCACCAAAUUCUAGUCUUCGUAAGCCUAAGAAAAAUCAGAAUGAUAAUUUUAACUUAAUAAAAUUUUGAAAUACCAAGAAUACUGACUUCUUAUUUGGAAGUAAAGAAAAACUUAAAGCAAUGAAGCCAAGAAGGGUCAAACUAAAACCUAAGAACCAAGAUCUUCAUGUACCAAUAAAAGAAAGUACAAAUAGUGAGAUAUUAGGUGAAAUGGAGCAUACCUUUGAUGUGCGUAAGUCUUCUUCUGAUGAAGAGCCAAGUAAAUUCAAAGUUCCGAUAAAAGUUCCUCAUCAACAAAAUCUUGGACAACAGUAUCAUUCUACCGAUAGAUUCGAAAAAGGAAGCGAUAAAAAUGAGUAUGAGAGGCUUACUGAUAGCAGAGCUUCUCAAAAGCCAGCUAGGGUUGUCUUUAAAAAGGCAUCUAAAGAUAUCUCCAGAGCUGAGAGAGUUAAUCAAAUGGCUCAUUUAGAUUAUAUUGAAAGCGAAUUAAACAAUACUCAAAAUAGCUUUCAAGCAAAGACCAAAUCGAAGCCUAAAGUCAACCCAAAGUUUUAUUCACAAAUGAACAAGAAGAGGGGGAGAAAAGUCGCUCAUUCAGAAGCCAAGUCAAUGACUGUUGGAGGGUUCCAGCCUUUAAACUUAAAUAAGUUUUCCCCAAAAAGGUUUCGAAGAUUUCCAAGAUUCACUAUAUUCUUAAACAAAGAUCAAGAAAAUGCCUAUGAAAAAGAAAAUUCAAUUAGUCUAAAUCCUCAGUUCUUAAAUUUCCUAAUGACUCCAGAAAAAGCCGAAAUUAUUGACCAAGCAAAUUCAGAAUUUGAUGAAGCAAUGAGACUAUUGAACACUCAAAAUUUGAAGAAGUUUGAUCCAUUUGACAGAGUUAUAUUGAGCGCUAAAGGAAUAGAUAAUUCUAUUCUCACAAGUUUAAGGACCUUAGCCAAACUAAAUAAUUCAAUUUCUGAAUCAUUUAAGGUAAUUCAUACCAAAUUUGCUCCUUAUCAGCUGAAAAAUCCCAGAUACGCUAAUAAGAAAGAAGUGCCUCAAGCUGAGAAGAAUUUAGGAGUAAAUCCUCCAAUAGAUUUAUCCACUUUUGCAGAAGACCAGAUUGGAAGAGCUUUCUCAAUGGGUCCUUUCAUUAAAGGAGUAUCGAAACAUAUGUUCAAAAGCAAUGAUUUCAGUCCAGAUCUGCCUCAGAUAGAUGAGAAUCCUCCUAGAAGUUAUAAGCCAAGAGGCAAGGGAGUUCCCUUUACGAAUAAAAUAGUUAAUGAAGUAAAUAUCUCGAAGUUUAACUUAACUUCAAGGUAUAAUUUUGAGUGAAAUUUUCCUCAAUCUCCUCUAAAUCAGGAAUCUAAUACCUUCCUAAAUGCAACCAGCUCGACUUUUGUUGAAAAGAAAAAGACUAAGAAAGGAAGAGGUGGAGGAUUCUUAGUAAAUAAUAACAAUAGAAAGAGGAGGUAUAAGCCUUCUACCUCCACUACGGAUGAUUCCCAUAAUAAAGACCUCACUGGUGAUUAUACAAAGAAAGAUUACGCUCACCUUCUUGGAGAGAUCAAUGUCAGGAAUGAUCCUCCUGGAAAGCGAAUUAGUCGUAAGAAAAGUAGUUCGAUGAUCCCAACAGAUGAGUCUUUUAAAAACUCUGUUUUGGCAAAAGUAGAUCAAACUACUGUCAGAGGCCUGAUAGAUAAAAUGUACCAAAAAGAGAAGAAGUACAUCAAGCAAUACUAUAAGGAGGAUUUUAUCCAGCAGAAUGAUUUUAUUUUCAACCUGAACAAAACUCAUCAGCUCAGGCUGGCAAAGGGUAAGAAUAGUGUGGCAAGCCUUGCCUCUACUCCUUCUGAGAUAAAUAAUUUUGGACUCUAACAAUGAACUUCAGUUUUUCAAUUAUGC